CUCUCUCCGCUCCCCUCUCUCUCUCUCUCCGCUCCCCUCUCUCUCUCUCUCUUCGAAAGAAGCGACAUAGAGAGAGAGAGGGAGAUAGAGAGAUCUAAUACCGAGCUAGGAAGGGAUUCGAUUCCCCAGUGGCGGAAGCGAGCGCUCUCGGCGCGAUCGGGGACGAACGGAUUCGCAUUUGCGCGAUACAGGGCGUCGAUUUCGCGAAUCGGGGUGGUUGGAGCGCUCGAUCGGGAGCUCAGGCGCUUCCGGAUGAGUUGCGAUCGGUAGAAGUGCUUCGGCGGGGCUCGGUUCCCUCGGCAUUGUGCGGAUUCCCGGUAAAUCGGGGAUCUCGCUGCCAAUCUCGUCGGAUCCUGCUGGGGAAAGAGGAGCGUCUUCGCACUGAGGAAAUGGACUCCGACGCGCCUCUUGACUACGCGCUGUUUCAGCUCUCACCGAGGCGCUCGCGGUGCGAGCUUUUUGUAUCGGGGAAUGGGAGGACGGAGAAGAUCGCUUCAGGGUUCUUGAAGCCGUUCGUGACCCAUUUGAAGGUUGCUGAAGAACAAGCGGCACACGCAUCGCAGUCGAUAAAGCUACAGGUUGAGAAGCUCGGGAAAGGAAGCGCAUGGUUCAACAAAGGAACGCUCGAGAGGUUUGUUCGAUUUGUGAGUACGCCAGAGGUACUGGACUUGGUGAAUACAUUUGAUGCGGAGACAUCCCAGUUGGAAGGGGCAAGGAAGAUUUAUUCACAGGGAGCAGGAGAUCCUCCUCCUGCUGGAACUGGUGAAAGCGAAACAACUGCUGCAGCUGCUGACAUGACAAAGAAGGAGCUUCUCAGGGCUAUUGAUGUGCGGCUUGUUGCUGUUAAACAAGACCUAGCCACUGCUUGUGCUCGAGCGACCUCUGCUGGCUUCACCCUUGACAAUGUCUCUGAGCUGCUUCUCUUUGCAGAUCAUUUUGGUGCACCUCGUUUAAAUGAAGCAUGCGCCAAGUUCAUCUCACUCUGCCAACGGAGGCCCGAACUUAUAAGCUAUAAGAACUUGCCACCAGCUGCUUCAUCGCAAUGGAAGAGCUUUGAUGAUGCGAAUGUCCGUGCCUCCUCUGGUUCAGACAUGUCUAUAGAUGAGCCUGAAUCAGAGCCAAGUGGAUCAACCAAGCCGCUCUCUGGAACUAGUGAUGGGCUUCGGCCCAAUAAGUUCAGCAAUACCCAACAGCAAGGCGAAAGUCAAGCAGACCCCGCAACAAGCCAGCAGCCCAAGCCUGUUGUUCGACGCUUCACGGAGAAACAAGCAGAUAAAGAGCCCAUUCAUUCUUCUGCACCAGAAGCCCAGCCAUCACAACAAGCUGGUGGAGGAGCGGCUUCGAGGCGACUUAGUGUGCAGGAUAGGAUUAAUCUCUUUGAGAGUAAGCAGAAAGAACAGUCUUCUACUUCUAGUAACAGCAUUACUGGUGGUGCUGGUAAGGUGGUUACAGGGAAGGGGGAGCACAGGAGGGUACCUUCUAACACCUCAAUGGAAAAGUCGGUGUUAAGGAGAUGGAGCGGUGCCAGUGACAUGAGCAUCGAUCUUAGUGUUAGUAGUAACAGCUUCUUUAGUGACAAGAAGGACGGUGGGAGUUGUGUAGAGACUCCUACUUCUGUUAAUACACAGGCCCAUUCCAGUAGCAAAGCUGAAGAAGAGGAGGUUAGUAGGUUGAGGGAUAGUGCAACAUCCAGGUCAUUGUUGGGUCAGAAGGACAACACAGCAGCAGGCUCUUUCUCGUCAUCCAUCCCUGCCAGCGCCACCACUGCUGCCGCCGCCUCCACUACUGCCACCACAAUCACCAUCUCCUCUUCUGCUGGUGCACUGUUGUCUUCAUCUAAAACUAGAGAUUAUACCGAGGAUAAAGAAGCUGCAAUUUCUAGCACCCAAAUUGGAUCAACCCUGAAAAAGGAGCAGGGAGUUAAUUUGGUAAAUAAUUUUACAGAAAAGUUGGAGCAGCACGGACUGAGCAGGCAAUCUGCUUCUCAGACCCGCUUAAGAACACCUCCAGAUUCAAAUGAGGAGGCUUUACAGAAAGAUCGUGGAGCUGUUCCACCUCAAUUUAAACCUGCUUCAGAGGUGAAUUCCACAGUGAGAGAUCAAGAAGAUUUUCCUCUAACAUCCCAUAGCAAAGCAGCAAUAGUUCAGCAGAGACUCAGAGACCAAGAAGAUUCCCGCAGACAGCCUUGGGAGAUUUCUUCUGCAGUAGAUGUUGUUAGAGUGAAGAAACAACAGUCAGGAAAAGCUGAGAACGAAUUGUCUGCUGUUGGAUCAUGGAAAAGUUUGCCUGGAAAAGUAGACGAAGUUAAAGCAAAGGGGUCAACCUCUUAUGCUGCACCAUCUCGAUCUCUUCCUGUAAAAACAAAAGGAGAUGAAACUCUUGCUAAUGAAACAAGUACCGCACCAGUAUUCCCGGUGAAGAAGCCUAACGAAAGCGCACAGAUGUUCGAUCCACUUACCAAAAAUUCUGUAGACCAGGAUCAGGUGAUGAGGCCGUCGAAGGGGAACCAAGAGCUAAAUGAUGAGUUGCAAAUGAAGGCCAAUGAGUUGGAAAAACUGUUUGCUGCACACAAGCUCAGGGUUCAGAAUGAUCAGAUGACUUCCUCAAGAAGAAGCAAACCUUCAGAUGUGCAGGUGGAUAAUGUGCCAAAAACUGUGGGUAUGAAACCAGCAAGGAGUCUUGUCAAAGAAGGUUCUAGCGAUGGUCCUGAAUUUGAUUAUAAUUUGCUUUUAAAGAUGGUACACAAUCAGGACUACAGCAAUAGCGUAAAGCAGAAGCUCGGCACUCUUAGCUUAUCAGAGGAAAUUCGGGGAAACUUUUAUGAGAAAUAUAUGCAAAGAAGGGAUGCAAAGCUGAAGGAAGAGUGGGUAUUGAAAAGAGCACAAAAGGAAGAAAAGAUGAAGGCAAUGCAUGAGAGCCUAGAAAGAAGUCUGGCUGAGAUGAGGGCCAAGUUCCCAGAAUCUGAAGAUGAUCGUGAUUCGGCAUCUGCUCAUCGCCCUGCACGAAAGACGAGAUAUUUUAGUGUUUGUUCCACUUCUGUAAAUAAAGGCCAGGCAACCGAAUCUCUAAUGGGAGAGCAGGAACUUUUUGACCCGGUUCGUCACGACCAAGAGAAGUCCUACACUGAUUACCUAUCUGGUGAUAGUUCUUCCAGAAGCACCAAUUCCAAGAAGCAGUUUUCUGCUAAAGUGGCUUCUUCCUCCACUCUGCAGACAUCAGUUGCAUCAAUUCCCAGGCCCUCUGUGAAGGCUGCAAAUUCUGCUUCUGUAAAACGCAGGAACGUUUCUGAAAAUACUCUUGCACAAUCAGUUCCCAACUUCUCAGACUUUAGGAAGGAAAAUACUAAGCCAUCAAUUGGAGUCAACAGAAUAACUACCCGCACACAGUUGAGAAAUUUCUCUCGUAGCAAGAGUAUUGUUGAGGAAACAAACAGCGUUUUAAAGGAAGAGAAAUCACAACGGUCACAGUCCAUGAGACAAAGCACAGCUGUUUCUAGUGAAUUAAAAGAUCUUUUACCCCUGAAUGAUGAUAAGGGAGCAUUAGUUAAUAAGGUCCAAAAGAGUGGCUCAAAGUCAUUUCUGAAGAAAGGCAAUGGAAUUAAUCCUGGUGCUGCUGGUUAUACAGCCUCGAUGGUUUCUGAUGCAUCCCAAAACGGAGAGGAUUGGGAAGAAGUUGGGUGUCUGCAAGAGGAUACACCCGACAUUAUCAAGGAUGAAGAGCUUGAAAGAACAUCUAGUGAAGAAAACCCUAGGGAUUUUCAAGCAGACUCAGAUAGUGAAAAAGCAAGAUUGAGUCAAGAAUAUGGGAAUACCGAUGAUCUUGGUUCAGAAAAUGAUGAUACUUUUGCAAUGAAUGUGUCUUCUGCUGCUGCCACCGCAGCUUCCAAGUUUGGUACAUUUGCAGGAAAUGUACAGGAUUCACCGACCGAAAGUCCUAGAUCAUGGAAUCCCCAUAAUUUUUCUUAUACACAUGAGACAUCGGACUUUGAUGCUUCAAUCGAUUCAGCUACGGGAAGUCCGAUUUCAUGGAACUCUCACCCACUGAAUCAGAUGAUGGAGGCUGAUGCUGCUCGAACGAGGAAAAAGUGGGGGAGCGCUCAGAUGCCAACUAUGCUUAGUACUAAUCCAUCUCAACAACCAAGAAAAGAUGUGACGAAAGGGUUCAAGAGAUUAUUGAAGUUUGGGAGGAAGAGCCGGGGUGCUGAUAUUUUAGUGAAUGAUUGGGUGUCAGCCUCAACUGCUUCUGAAGGGGAUGAUGAUGUGGACGAUGGCCGUGAUGAGCCGAGAAAAUCAAGAAUGGGCUACCCGCCUCUUUCUUCUUAUGAUGGUUUCAACGAGUGCGAGAUCUUCAGUGAACAAGCUCAAUCCUUGCGCAGUUCCAUUCCCAAUCCUCCUGCCAACUUCAAGUUAAGGGAGGAUCAUCUCACCGGAAGUUCUCUUAAAGCUCCUCGCUCUUUCUUCUCGCUUUCAUCCUUCCGAACCAAAGGGAGCGAAUCCAAGCUCAGGUGACCUCAUGGGAACUGGAGUGUGAGUAUAUAAAAUAUGGCUUGAGCUGUAUAACACUCAAAUUUUCCGACUAGAUGUUGCACGGCAUCUGUAGUUUGUGAUUAUAUAUAUAUAUAAUCUUCUUUAGGUGAUUCAUACGUCGGUCAUGUCCUCCGCACCUUGUUGUGAUUUAUUAGUUUUUUUGCCGAGUUUGGACAUAUAGAUUUCCUAGGUUACAAUGCCAAUUGGCGCAGAGACACUUCUCUUUUUGCAGUCUGUUUUUCUCCACAUUUGUAGUGUGUAAUCCGUGUAAAUCGCAAUUUAUGCAUACGCUACGCUCCUCCCUGGAUUUGUGAAAAUUAAAGAGGCUCCUUUUCAUCUC